UAAUUAAAUUUAAAAACCAAAAAAAUUGUGGAGCUUUCAGAUUCUCCGUUAUGAUCGAAGAUCGUUGUUCUAGGGUUUUGUGCUUGUAUUAAUUUUGAGGCCCUGUUUGGAUUUUGUCGCCGUUGAUUUCAAUUUUCUCUAUCUGAAAAGGGGGCGGAUCAAGAGGAAGAAUUUGAUGGUCCAGUUGAUGAAAUCAGGGAAUCUCUCUCUGGAGCCGGAUAUGGCGUCGCUUCGGGACAAGGCGCCGGUGAAGCUGGAGAUCGAGGACUCUCUUGAAGAGGAGCAUGCUCCGUUCUCCAAGCGAUCCAAAACGACGACAACGUUUUCUCCGCAUGAAAGUAGUUGUUCCGAUGAUUUUCCCGUAGUGCCUUCACAAUACAAUCCGCUUGAUGAGCCUAGUCUUCUUGGUUUGCGGUUGAGGAAGAGCCCUUCCCUGUUGGAUCUAAUUCAAAUGAAGCUUUCUCAGUCGACUGCUGCUUCGAGCCAAGUAACCGAAUGUGAAAGCUUCAACUCUUCCAUAAAAAAGGAUAAUAUAGGCACUGCCAUUCCAGGCUCUAUCGACAAGCUUAAAGCGUCGAACUUUACUGCAUCGCUCCUAAGAAUUGGUGGUUGGGAGUAUCAAUCAAGAUAUGAAGGUGAUUUGGUGGCAAAAUGUUAUUUUGCUAAGCAUAAGCUUGUCUGGGAAAUUCUUGAAGGUGGGUUGAAGAGUAAAAUAGAAAUCCAGUGGUCUGAUAUUAUGGCCUUAAAGGCCAACUGCCCUGAUAAUGGACCUGGUAGUCUGAACGUGGUGUUGUCUAGGCAGCCCCUUUUCUUCCGGGAGACGAACCCUCAACCAAGAAAACACACAUUAUGGCAGGCAACUGCUGACUUUACCGAUGGUCAGGCUACUUUACACAGGCAACAUUUUCUGCAGUGUCCUCAAGGAUUGUUGAACAAACAUUUUGAAAAGCUAAUCCAGUGUGACAUGCGCCUUAACUUCUUAAGCCGACAACCAGAGAUAGUUUUGGAUUUACCAUAUUUCGAACGAAGGGUUUCUGUUUUUGAGGAUCCAGAACACCCUGCAGAAAAUAUUAAAAGAUCGAUUGCGACAGAUGGUGCCUUGCCAUCUCCUCAGCAAUCAUCCUUGAAAAUAGAACAACAAGACUCUACUUGUUCAGCAGUAGAACAUCGUUCUCAAGAAGCUCCAUCACCUUGUUCAGCCGAGGCAAGUGCAAAUUUUGAAGUUGGUAGCUCUAGAAGCCCAAAAAAUUGGGAGCAAACGAAAGUUCCCGGGCUCCACCCGUCCAUGUCGAUGAGUGAUCUCGUGAAUCACAUUGGACAGUGUAUUACAGAGCAGAUGACCGGGGCGAAUCCAUCAUUUGCCAAUCAAGGACUGGGAUACCAAGACAUACUAGAAGAUAUUGCACAGUCUCUGCUGAACGACAACCAAUCUACAACUUCUGAUGAGAAAUCUCUCAUGAAAAGAGUCAAUUCUCUCUGUUGUCUCUUGCAGAAAGAUCCAACCAAUACCACAACUCAGAAUUCACUGUUCAAUGAAGAAAGUCGUGGCGAAGGACCCGAUGAUAGGAAGAGCAAUAAAGUCGGUAACGUAUUGAGGGGCGAUGUCGAAGCUGCUUUUACUGACGACGUAAAAGAUAACUCAGAUACUAAGCAGACAAUCAGUAUGUCUAGGAAGGAUUCGUUCAGCGAAUUGAUGUUGCAUCUUCCUCGAAUCACUUCUAUCCCGAAUUUUUUGUUCAACAUCUCAGAAGACGGUGAAAGGUGAGUCUGGCUGUGAAAUGUUUGUGUACAUUGUUUCGGAAAUUGGGUACGGGUAGACGAGAAAAUCCUCAUGGGAUUCUGAAAUAUGUAUUGAUGAAGAAUCCUGUAUGUAUGUGUUGUAAUUCAUGUAUUUAGGCAUUUUAUGUGUAUCUGCAGCACAGAUGUUUUAAUUCUUUCCCCUGUAAUGUUAUGUUAUGAGAGAGCCGCCCACCUUACAUAAGCUGUAAAUGGAAAUUACCCCUUUGGUGAAUCACUCUAUUCUAGAGUUUAUAUACAAUUUGAAACAAAUUUAGCC